UCGGUGUUCCGCGGCGCUGGCUUCGGCGCUGCUCCCGUCUCCCUGUCCCCGCCUCUGAUUUUCUGGCCCUCAAACUUGGAUUCACCGGCGGAACUUUAAAACCCACCCAUGUCUGGUUUCUCUUGCCAGAGCACUGGUUUCAUUGUUCUGACUCGGCCCAGGGUCGCAUUCUUAAAAAGUGUAACGGACAGUGACGUUUGAAAGCCACGGUUUCACUUAGUCCUCUUCCAUAGUUCCUUCAGUCUUUCUGGUCGGUCCUUCGGGUCCGCCUUUAUCCCCCGAGGCUGUUAAUAGCUCCAGGCCCCUCCCACUUAAGGAGGCCACCUCUCCCUCACCAGCUUGUGACAAAGGACUUCUCACCUAACAUAUGCUUAUGUACUUCAUAAUGUUCUGAGAGUGGUGGGAAGGAUAGCUGUUACAAUAUGAUGCAGUGCAUUGCUGCUGGGCAUCAGAUUGUUGCUUUAGCAAAUCUGAGACCAGCUGAAAACCAAGUGGGGUCAGAUGAACUGGAUAGCUACAUGUAUCAGACAGUGGGUCAUCACGCAAUUGAUUUGUAUGCAGAAGCGAUGGCUCUUCCCCUCUAUCGCCGCACCAUAAGAGGAAGGAGUGUGGAUACAGGACGAGUGUACACCAAAUGUGAAGGUGAUGAGGUUGAAGAUCUCUAUGAGCUUUUGAAACUUGUUAAGGAAAAAGAAGAAGUAGAGGGGAUAUCAGUAGGUGCUAUACUUUCUGACUAUCAGCGUGUUCGAGUAGAAAAUGUGUGUAAAAGGCUUAAUCUCCAGCCUUUAGCUUACCUUUGGCAGAGAAACCAGGAAGAUUUGCUCCGAGAGAUGAUAUCAUCUAACAUUCAAGCAAUCAUCAUCAAAGUAGCAGCUUUGGGUUUAGAUCCAGAUAAGCAUCUUGGAAAAACCCUGGAUCAAAUGGAACCUUAUCUCUUAGAGCUUUCUAAGAAGUAUGGAGUCCAUGUUUGUGGAGAAGGUGGAGAGUAUGAAACAUUCACUUUGGAUUGCCCUCUAUUUAAGAAGAAAAUAAUUGUUGAUUCAUCAGAAGUGGUCACACAUUCAGCUGAUGCAUUUGCACCUGUUGCUUAUCUACGCUUUUUGGAAUUGCACUUGGAGGACAAGGUGUCCCCAGUGCCUGACAACUACAGAACAUCUAAUUAUAUACAUAAUUCUUGAAGAACAUUUUUGGACAUUGUUUACUAAGCUACCAUUUCUGUAUGAAGAAAACUACAUAGCAUUUCCUCAGCUAGUAUAUCCAGCUCUUUCUCUGCAUUUUUUUUUUGUUCUUAGAAAUAUAUAUCUUUAUCAGAAGAAGUUAAUAGAAACUGAUUAAUUGGGGAAAUGUGAAAGUCUCAUUCGUUAUUAUUGGUGACUUCCUCAGGAUUCACUUUCUCUGACUUUAGUUACCAUGUCCUAUCCGUGACUGUACAUGGUAAGUGCCCUUUUUUCCCCUUUUACUUCCUCUAUAGCUGUCAUUUCUAUAACAUUUAUUUACUUUCAUCCCAUUGUUUUAUUGUACUCAUUCUCUCUUUCCUGCUCUCCCCUCUGCCAAUUACAGAAUGAUGCAGAUCAUUUGAAAAUGAGAAUGAAAAGGCAGUCACUUUAGUUAGCCAGUCAGGUUUAUUCUCCUGGGUACUGGCAUGACUUGUCAUUUUUGUUUCGAUAUAGUAUUCAUUUUAUCAAUAGUAUUGGAUAAUCAGGAAGAAUAUCAUUAAAUCUUACUGAUUGUUUUAUAACAAUGAAAAAUGCAAUUUUUAUAUCCAGUGGAAAAAGGUCUUUUCAACAAAUAGUAUUAGACAGCAACAUGCAAACGAAUGAAACUGGACCACUUUUUUACACCAUACACAAAAUUAAAUUGAAAAUAGACUAAAGACCUAAUUGUGGGACCUGAAACCACAGGAAUCCUAGAUGAGAACACAGGCAGUAACCUCUUUGACGUCGGCCAUAGCAGCUUCUUUCUAGAUAAAAGCUCCUAAGGCAAGGGAAUAAACAAGAGCAAAAAUAAACUACUGGGACUUCAUCAAAAUAAAAAGCUUCUA